AUCAGCACGUGGAUUUGAACUCCUUCCGUACGAUUCGUCUCAGUUCAUUCAAUUUUCAAGAACAUGAACGUCAUGACACUCGCCCCAUAAUCCUUUCUGAGGGGCAGUCGUGGAAGAGAAGGUGGAUGAAUUGAAAUGGCUGGGAUCAGGAACUGUUGGAGCCAUUCAAGAACAGCAGCAGCUCUGAUCUGGGCUCUCUCUCUCCUCCUCUUCUACACCUUUCUCCAGUUGGCCCUGCGCAAUUCUUCUCCGAACAUGGAUCCCAUCUCUCUUCCUUCAGAUAUUCCGAUUUCUAACACGGAGAGAAGGGCGAGAUUGUACGAUAAGAUGGAGAGGGAUUUGGAUGAUCGUGGGGCAGCCUUCCUCAAGCAGGGGGAAACUUCUCAGUCCUUGUCAAUCUCGGAGUUGUUCAUUCUGCAAGAUGGAUCCGUGAGACCUGUGCUGAAGGCUGCAAAUCCUCCUGUGAGAGCCAAUGUUCUUUACAUGGGCACCGCAUACUCAGAGCCCAUAUCGAAAGCUGUGCGGGAAAUAUUUCAGCCAUUCUUCGAAAACGCAAUUUGGUUUCAGAACUCUAGCUUGUACCACUUUAGUAUGUUCCACGCCUCGCAUCAUAUUACUCCCGUUCCCGCUUCAGAUGAUGAGAUUGAAGAUGAAGCUAUUGCUAUACGGGCUGUCGCAGAGUCAGCAUGCCCUUUGAAGAUUGUCUUAGAUCGCGUGGUUUUGACGUCAACAGGUGUUCUUCUCGGUUGCUGGCAGGUGGCAUCUGGGACAGAUCCGAUAUCCAUUCGCGCUAAACUGAGAGCUGCGCUCCCUCGUGCACCAGAAAAGCAGCUUUAUGACGCUGCUAUACUCCACACAUCACUCGCGAGGCUUCUGGGUCAACCUAAGUCAUCAUCCACGGAUCUUCAUCAAACUUCGGAUCAGCUUCAAUUCUUCCAUCAGCUUGUGGAUCGUUUAAACAACAAAAUUCAUGGAUUCAAGGCAUCGGUGACGGAGCUCUGGUACGUGGAGGAAUAUGAUGUAUUGGCCCUCGCUUUGGACGGGAGGAUGAAGGUUCGGAGAUUUCACCUUGGCUGCAAAGACCGAUCCUAAGCUUAUAUAUGGAUAUUACAUCUCUGCUGUUGUAUCUCGAUACAGAGUAUUACUGUCUCAUCUCAUACCAGAGCCGCUUUACUUCGAACUUUUAACUUUUCCUUUUCCACCCGAGUUCUUGCUGUGUGCUUGAUCCUUAAAACCAUCUCAUACCCACCUCUUGUCGAAAGGAGAAAUGCAAUUGAAUAA